UGCUGCUGCUGCCGCCGCUGGCUCUGGUUCCCCGGAUGCAACUCGCGGCGGAGGCAAGGCCGAGACAACCAAGUCUAGAGACCCCUCAUUACUGGAGGAUUUCUUCGCCAACACCACUAACAGCAGCAGCACCACCACCACUAAAGUGGGUCCCGAUGAUUGGGGUGUGCCAACCCCGACCCAGCGGAUUCCAGCCUUUGAUGAUCCAUGGCGAACACUGGCCGAGGCUGGUGGUGGGGGUGCAGAGUCAGGUAGCAAUAACGGCUUUAACCACAACCCCUUCGAUCCCCUGGGCACAGCCACUCGUCCCCCCGAAACCGAGGUUAUCGAUGAGGAGGAGCCAA